AUGGCAUGUCUCUGCAUCAAUUUUAAGAAGAAGCUCAAGAAACCAAUACCAGACAACAAUGGGCAAGAAAACACAGAGUUCCAGAGCGGAGAAGGAACUCAAAAACAACCACUUCGUCAAAGACAAACUGUUCCAAGAGCCAAUAUCCAGAUCGUGGUGCAGCCUCAUAAACUCCCGCUUCCUCUUCCGAUUCCUCAGCCUCAAGAACAACAAAAGCUAAUGCUCCAACCAGAACCGAUCUUAGGAAAACCAUUUGAAGACGUUAAGGAAAUGUACAGUCUUGGUGGCGAAUUGGGUCGUGGCCAUUUUGGUAUAACGUAUCUAUGUACAGAGAUCUCAUCAGGCAAGAACUUCGCUUGUAAAUCCAUCUUAAAGAGAAAACUCAUCAGAACUCAGGACAGAGAAGAUGUAAGAAGGGAGAUACAGAUAAUGCAGUAUUUGUCAGGGCAACCAAAUAUUGUGGAGAUCAAAGGAGCUUAUGAAGACAGACAAAGUGUGCAUCUUGUUAUGGAGCUUUGUGAAGGCGGUGAACUCUUUGAUAAGAUUAGUAAAAGAGGACAUUACUCAGAAAAGGCAGCCGCAGAGAUCAUAAGAUGUGUGGUUAAAGCUGUAGAGAUUUGCCAUUUCAUGGGUGUGAUUCAUCGCGAUCUAAAACCCGAAAACUUCUUAUUAUCUGGUAAAGAUGAAGCGUCCGCAAUGCUUAAGGCUACUGAUUUUGGUGUUUCGGUGUUCAUCGAAGAAGGAAAAGUGUACAAAGACAUUGUAGGAAGUGCAUAUUAUGUUGCACCAGAGGUUUUGAAAAGAUACUAUGGAAAAGAAAUUGAUAUUUGGAGUGCUGGAGUUAUUCUCUACAUACUUCUCUGUGGAACUCCUCCGUUUUGGGCCGAGACUGAUAAGGGGAUAUUUGAGGAGAUCUUGAGAGGAGAGAUUGAUUUUAAGUCAAAACCAUGGCCAUCGAUCUCUGAGAGUGCUAAAGAUUUGGUGAUGAACAUGUUAAAUAGUGAUCCAAAGAGUCGGUAUACUGCAGCUCAAGUCCUAGAACAUCCAUGGAUACGAGAAGGUGGAGAAGCUUCUGAUAAACCGAUUGAUAGUGCAGUUUUGUCGAGGAUGAAGCAACUUCGAGCUAUGAACAAGCUUAAGAAGCUUGCAUUGAAAUUUAUCGCGCAAAAUCUCAAAGAAGAGGAACUAAAGGGUCUCAAGACGAUGUUUGCAAACAUGGAUACUGAUAAGAGCGGUACAAUCACGUACGCUGAAUUAAAAACCGGACUAGAAAAACUUGGUUCAAGGUUAACUGAAACCGAAGUUAAGCAGAUCUUGGAAGAUGCUGAUGUCGAUGGGAAUGGUACGAUUGAUUACAUUGAGUUCAUCUCUGCUACAAUGAACCGGUACAGAGUUGAAAGAGAGGAGGAUCUGUUCAAAGCUUUUCAACACUUCGAUAAAGAUAAUAGUGGGUUUAUUACAAGACAAGAAUUGGAAACUGCUAUGAAAGAAUAUAAUAUGGGAGAUGAUUCCAUGAUCAAGGAGAUUAUCUCUGAUGUUGAUGCGGAUAACGAUGGAAGUAUCAACUAUCAAGAGUUUUGCAAUAUGAUGAAGAGUUGCUCACGAUCACAUCAGACGGAAUUGGUUCAAUAA